AUGUGUCGGCUGAGGCUCGACCAACGAAUCCACAAACCUCGGAACAGAGGUGAUAGCCCAGGGCCGAGCCGCGCGGGCACCGCUGGACGGGCCCGAACUCCCAAUUCUCGGCGAUUGCAGAAUGCACCCACCGCCAGCAGCAUCAACAGUCCGUCUGCCAGCCAACAGGUGUCCAGCCAGACUGUGGAAGCAGUUCUUCCACCCAGGGAGCCAAGCUUGCCGAAAGUAGAGAAUGUAGUGAGUAGACCCGGCAGUCCAGGGAGUCCCCUGUCAUCCAAGCCUCGGCCAAUGCUUCCGGCCCUGAUGAUUAGUGAUCCACCUGCUGCGCCAGCAGGACCGCAAGUAGAUGCAAUUCUGCCAAUGGAACUGCCAACUCAGCCAACCCUUACUGUGGAGGAGGCCGACGAAGGCGACAAGAAGCACAUGCAGUUGCCAGGCCAGGUGAAAGAUGAGGAUGAGGAUGCUGAAAGUUUCGCUCAGAUGCAG